AUGGCAGCAGGCUUCCAUGGCGUGCUUCUUCUUGGUUUUCCGAUUGCCAUCGGUGCUGACUGUGUGGCAGGUGAAAAGAGAGGAAGCUGCUUGACCGUUCUCCGAGAUGCAGCGACGGAUGGGAGGCUUUUCGGCAAACCUGGAAAAGACAACUUCUGCAGCUUUGCCUCUGUGUGUUUCGGGAUGGCGUGCCCAAUAAAACCUGGCGCGCCGGAGUUCCCACUGCUGCCUUGGCCUUCGGAGGAGUUGCUCUUCGGCGUGGAGAGCCCUUCCUCGAGCUGCUCCAAGCUUCUGAACCCGAGCUGUGCAGCCGAAUAUCAGAGGGCGGAAUUGGACUGUGCCCGAGAUCCUCAUAGCAGGAGCAUUUGGGAGGGUGAGACGCAAGGUCUAUGUCCAAGAUGCCAGAAGCUGGUGCGGGCAUACCAGCAGCUGAGCAAACUCUGCCAAACCGGCCGGGACUUCUCCCUGGAUGCCCUGAAGCUACAUUUCUUGGAGAGGUCGGCGAGCGACGAUGUUUGGCGAUCCGACUUGACAGCAGAGCUUUGA